AUGAGAUCUCUUCUCGCUCUUGGUAUCUUCUUCACGGCGUCUGCUCACGCGACGACCACCAGCGGCAAAUUUACCGCUUUGAGUUUCAAUGUUGCAGGUCUUCCGUCCAUCCUCCAGUCGAACGACGUGAAUGGGUCGAAGACCGAGAAUGCUGGGGAGAUUGGCACCUAUUUCGCUAAAUAUGGUUAUGAUAUUAUCCACAUGCAGGAGGAUUUCAACUACCAUGCAUACAUUUACGCUACCGAUAACCAUGCCUACCGAACUGCCACUUCUGGGGGUGCCGCCAUCGGCAGUGGACUGAAUACAGUGUCGAAUUACGAUUGGGUUGACUUCACUCGUUCAAAGUGGAAUACUUGCUCGGAUGCAUCGGGCAGCGACUGUCUCACUCCAAAGGGGUUCACCUUCAUGCGCUGGAAUCCAUCCACCGGAGUUUACAUCGACUUCUAUAACAUCCACGCCGAUGCCGGUACCGAGGAUGGCGAUGAGACUGCGCGCAAUAGCAAUCUGCAGCAGGUCGCGGAUUAUAUCGACACCUGGUCCACCGGAAAUGCAGUGGUCGUGAUGGGUGACACCAACAGUCGGUACACCCGCAGUGCUGAUACUGGUAUCCGCGUCUUCCAGUCCCAGAACGGUCUCAGCGAUGCGUGGGUGAAUCUCGAAAGGAGCGGUGUUUAUCCGACCGCAGGUGCUGAUGCGAUUCUUUGUGACAACCCGUCAACGGUUGAGACCUGCGAGACUGUCGACAAGGUCCUAUACCGAGGAUCCAAGAUCGUGGCUCUCUCAGCCAGCAGCUUUGACUACAAUGGCGAAAAGUUCCUGAACACCGACUCUGCAUACCUGGGUGAUGUUCUAUCGGACCACAACCCUGUUCUCGUCAACUUUACCUGGACUAUGUCGAGCUCUCUUCGACAGAGCGAAUUCUCCGGUGGUCCCCACGGUACCUGGUUCAGCGAUCUUCCCAAUAUGCCAUCAUCUCCCAAGGCAUCUGUGCUGACCUUCAGUGGUUCCAGUCGUCUGGACGCUGUUGGGGUCAAGCUCACCGACGGAACGUCAUUCAGCCAUGGAGGAACCGGUGGCACUGCAAAGUCGCUCACUCUCGGCUCAGGCGAGCAUUGGAUCACUACUGAGCUCUGCACGGGUCAAUACAACAACCAGACUCGUAACUUCUAUAUCAAGGCUACCACCAGUGCCGGAAACACAUUGGAAGCCGGCACAGCGACUGACAGCUGCACUACAUAUACUGCUGAUUCUGGCUAUGCCGUUGUUGGAUUCAUGGGACAAGAUGGCGAUGAGAUUGACCAGCUGGCUCUCAUCUAUGCUCCUUACUAG